AUGACUAUCAUAGUUCUUCUCGUCCUCGUCUUCCUGACCCUGUGCCUCGUGGUCCGAUGCUACCGCUGCCGCGGCUGUGCUGACAGCGAAGGCAACAGCAUUCACGUCGAGCCGCUCGGAAUUCCCAUCACGACAGAACCGCUGACCCGUUACCGAACAUUCGGCUCCGAGUCGGGAUACUCUGCAGACGAGGAGGAUUGUACUGCCGCCGUGACAGGCAGUACCACUACUCCCUGCGACAUAGACCAUCAUGGACGCGCCGGAGACACCAUCGACAACCAGUACAAUACUGCGCGAUGA